CAGAAUUCGCAAACCCACCUGAGAUUUCUCGAGCAGACAGCGACAACGACCGACCCUCUCACAGCCAGCCGCACAGUCGAUACUUCAAAAUGACCAAGGGUACUGGAUCUUUCGGCAAGCGCCACAACAAGACGCACGUUCUGUGCAGACGCUGCGGCUCUCGCUCCCUCCACGUCCAGAAGCACACUUGCUCCAACUGCGGCUACCCCAGCGCUAGCAUCAGAAAGUUCAACUGGGGCGAGAAGGCCAAGAGAAGAAAGACCACCGGUACUGGCCGCAUGCGCUCAUUGAAGCUCGUCACCCGCAAGUUCAGCAACGGCUUCCGCACCGGCACCCCCAAGGGCGCCCGUGGCCCCACCAACGCUUCCGCCUAAACGAUGACCUCUCCUUGAAAACAAAAAGGACUGGUUGAUCUCGAAACAUGGAAAGGAAAAUGGAAAAGCGUUUCUUGGUGGGC